AUGGCAUCGUUUUUUCUUUAUCGAUACAUCUUCUGCCCUUGCUCAAAUAAAAUCAAGAUAAUUAGUGUGACGACUGGUGAGGUUGUUAAAUCAAUUUCCGAUUCAUUCGGAAACUGCCAUAAUGAUGAAAUUACGUGCAUGAUGUUAAAUCCAAAUGAUCCAUCACAGUUGUUUUCUGGUUCCUUGGAUGGUACGAUUAAAGUAUGGAAAUACACAGAUGUGGAACUGUUAAAGACAUACGAAUUUGGGAUACCAAUAUAUCGUAUGGCUAUCCUAGCUUCUUACCCUGAUCAAUUUUUUGUUGUUACUGGGAUACCUUGCAAGAAUGUUAGUUCUCGUGGAAAACAAAAAGCACAAGCCUUACUUUACUUUCGAUUUGACACAAAAGAUCAGGUUGAAAUGCAUCUUUUGUGUAAAUCAAAGUUUAUGUGCACUGGAUUAGAUACGAGCUCUGAUGGCGAGUUUUUGGUUGUCAGUUUCCUUCGGACAAUUCGAAUAAUUAAAAUAAAGUUAAGUCAACAAAAAGGACAAAAAUGGCCCAAAUAUACGCAUUCAUCAAAUAUAACAAGCAUUACGAUUCAUCCAUCGAAGCCUUAUAUAUCGAUCGGGGAUGAAUAUGGGAAAAUUACUCAUUUGUAUUGUCUUAAGGAAUCACAAAUUCAAGAUCCCAUAAAAUCGUCGGUCCACUGGCAUCCUCACAAGGUUAACUCCCUCGUGUUUACACGUGAUGGUACAUAUCUCCUUUCUGGUGGUGAAGAAUCAGUUCUUGUGAUAUGGCAGAUUGAAACAGGUCACACGCAAUUUCUUCCUCGCCUUGGGUCUGAGAUUCAAUCAAUCACAAUAAGCCCUGAUCAAGCCUUAUACGCUAUCAAUUUAUUGGAUAAUUCUAUAAAGAUAUUAUCUGCGGUGAAUUUAGAAAUAAAACAGGUCAUCCAAGGAUUAAAACAUGCGCAAAUUGAUGCCUCCGUAUAUCCAUUAUCGACUGGUCUUGUUAUUGAGCCGCGAAAUCAUUUUGUAGUCCUUAAUGGUCUCCCAGGAACCAUACAAUUCUAUAACCCUUAUGCGGAUCGGCAUGUAAUGGAACAUGAGGUAUCUCGACGGACUAUGAUAUCAAGAGCGUUCGAAAAAGACAUUGUUUAUCCCAAUGUGAUACACGUGGCAUUUUCAUCAAACGGUGAUUGGAUGGUCACGGUCGAUUCUCGACAAGACGGUGAAACAACUCCAGAGUUAUAUUUAAAGUUUUGGCAAUUCGAUCCUAAUUCACAGACAUACGUUCUUAAUACGCGUGUCGACAAUCCUCAUUCUAAAGCAGUCGUAUCGUUAAAUUUUCAUCCUGGUACAAAUGAUACUUCCAUAAGCUUUGUCACUACAGGUUUAGAUAAUAAAUUCAAGGUGUGGAAGAUCAAUUCUGAGUCACAUAUGUCACAGGUGCCUAAGGAUACGACAUCGUGGAUAUGUAAAUUUGUUGGUUCUUAUCGACAAUAUACUCCACACGCAGCAGCAUUUUCACAAGAUGGAUCUAUACUUUCAAUUGCAUAUGGUUCCGUCAUAACUCUAUGGGAUUCUCAAUCCAAUGUUCUUCGGGAUGUUUUAACUCUUAUACCAAAUUAUGAGCAUAUUAAGCACUUGGCGUUUACGAAUAAUUCGCCGUUUCUUGUUGUUACAACGCAAAAUUAUUUGUACGCAUGGAAUUUACUUACAUGUACAAUCUGGUGGAGUCAUAAGAUUGAAGUACAUCAUUUAGCCAUAGAUCCUAAAAGUUCCCGUUUUAUCGUUGUGAGCAAUUGCAAGAGAUUGCAAGAGUGUCGCCUUUUUGUUUUUGAGCCGCAAACUGCUAUACCAGUAAUGGUUCACACCAUAAAAGAUACAAUCAAUGCUAUAGCUUAUUUGCCCAGAAAGUUUGAUGAUGUUAACUCAUCGUCAAAUGCACGGCAGUCAUACAUAAUAUAUCUUAAUCAAAAUUAUAAUAUGUUAAUUAUUGAUAAUGAUUGUAGUCAGUUAAAAAGUCAGGUCAAUAAUUUGGAUACUGAUACAGUUAAGCCAACUUAA